AUGAAGCCACGCGUCGCACCCAUUGGGGCCCGCAGGCUUCUCUCUGCCGCUGCCUCUGCCACCAGAAGCUGUCCACGGCGGCCCGCAGCGCCCUCCCUACGCAGCUUCUUCACCUCGACGCCACCCUCCGCCUACCCGAGGCCGUUGCACACCACCUUGGAGCGGACCUCGCUCCUCUUCUUCCGCUAUCAGCGCUCUGUCCUCACCCGCCGCUUCCGUUCUCUCCGCCUCAAGAGCGACAAGCCCGCCACCCCGUCGCACAACCCGACACCGCACUUGGGCAGUCCGGACCCGCCUCCUUCGCUGUCGCAGCGCCUCAAGAAGCUUUCCCGCGAAUACGGCUGGACAGCCCUUGCCGUCUACCUGGGACUAUCGCUUGUCGACUUCCCCCUCUGCUUUUUGGCCGUCCGCCUACUGGGGACCGACAGAAUUGGCCACUACGAACAAGUCGUCAAGGAUGCUCUAUGGAAUGUAGUACGCCUAGUUCUCCCCGAUGCCGGUAGGAAGCCAGCGGAAGCAGGGGCAGAGGAAAACAUUGCGGAAGCUACUGCUCGAGAAGGCUAUGUAGAAGCGGGGAGAGCCGUGGGACACAAUGGUGGGGCAGACGCAUCAAUCUGGGCCCAGCUUGGCUUGGCCUAUCUAGUCCACAAAUCCCUAAUCUUUAUCCGCGUACCCCUCACCGCCGCCGUGCUCCCCAAGGUCGUCAAGACGCUACGGAAAUGGGGUUACAAUAUUGGCAAGAAGACGCCCAAGACUCCGCCCACAUGA